UGUAAUGCUCGGCGGUGCCGGUUGGUGGCGCCAGCUGCACCAACUCUCAGCCAGACCGCGAGACAUGUGGCUGAGACUUUCUGAAAGCUACGCUCCGUUUCUAGCCAAAAACACUUCCCAGAUUGUGCGAUUCGUCAGCAUUUCAUAGCAGGAGUUCGGACGGUAAAAACAGUUUACUAGGUGCAAACCAGCGGCAGCUGCACUUAAAGUGGUGAUCAGGACAGCCCAGUGCCGGACAUGACCGGAGCUGGAAGCGGGGGCCAGGGCCCGCCUGACGGGACGGACACUGAGGAGGCGGAGAGGUGUCCUAUCUGUCUGGGCGUCCUGGCCGGAGGCGAGCUCGCCAUGCCCGACAGCUGCUGCCACGUCUUCUGUCUCAGAUGCCUCCUCACGUGGGCAGAGUUACAGAGCGUUCCUUCCUGCCCGGUAGACCGAAGACCUUUCACAAAUGUUUACAGAUGGGACGGGAAUCUCAGCUGUGUGCAGGUUCCUGUGAGGAAGCGAGCAACUCAACUUGAAGCUGACAGUUGCUGCUGUAGAAAUCCUGAACAAAAAGUCUGUCUCAAAAGUAAGCCUGCAAGAAGAUUGAGACGGCAAAAGGUGGAGAGGACGGCAGAAGCCAAAACAAAAGGACUUGUGAGGAAAUGUAACGAUGAGGACCCCUCCUCUCUGAGCAGAAAAAAGGUGAGAGGAAUAGAGUGCUGCACUUGGUCACCAUCUCCCUGUGUCUCAUUAACAACCACAUCAACACAAGACAUUGCAGAACCUGUUUGGGUGACAGAGGACGAACCAUAUGACACUGGUUUAAAACAGUGCAAACCCCAUUCACAAGACUGUCCGUGGCUGUCUCCCGCUGCUCCCAUCCCUGCUAAUGGCACCUCAAGGCAGAGAUUCCACCCUGCUAGUUGGAACCACAGUCCUUUUCCAUUUGGACUCUGCUCAUCUCCCUUUACCUCCGGCUCACUGUUAGGCUCCGGCCAUUUUGUGUUUGAGGGUGUUGUCUGCGCCAUCACAUGUCCCAAAGGUGGAGAGAAGAGAAGCAGCCGAGCCUCAACCUCCAAAGCUCCCACCAAAGAGGCUGAGUCUCUACCAACCAGGCGAUCUGGACGCAACAGUAAAACCCAGGAAGAGACUCCUGCAUCUGACCCCCCAUCGCCGCCUCAGUCCAGUUCAUCGGACUCAGACUCGUCUACCAACCAGUCCACCAAGCCAGCCAAGGCUUCUCAGGCACCAGCCAAGAGGAAGGGCAAACAGGUAACUAACCGAAAGGCCAGUGGAAAAAGGAAAGCUGUGACAAGAAAAAAACGCUCACCUGAACCCGUCAGCAGCCCGGCAGGAAGUGAGGAUGAGGAAGAUGGUGAUGGAGGCGAAGACAGGGAGAAGGGGGAUGGAGAAGACAACACUGAUAAAGAGCAGGAUACAAAUGUCUCAGAGCAGCAGCAGUCAGAUGCUGAAGGGAGCCUCAACGCAGAUCAGGACGGUUUCAACCCUGUUGAUGAGCAAGGAGGUUCAGAAUCUCCAAGUAACGAUGUGGGACAGGACAGUGAUGAGACUCAGGAACAAUCUAAUGAACAUGAAAAAGAAGAGAAACCAGAUGAAGGAGACGAUGACAUGUCUUGUCCCUCAGACUCGGCUCCGAACAGCCCUGGUUCAUUCUCCGAGGGCGACCAGGCCAAAAGAGAGGAGGAAGAACCAGCUAGCCCUGCUUCCUCUGGAGAUAAGGACUCUGAGAAAAGGACUUGUCCGUCACCCUCUGACUCUCAUAAAGCUCUGCUGGAAGACCUGAUGUCUCCACACUGUGAUGAGCAAACUGAGCAGGUUGAUGAAAUGGAGAUCUGCGCAGAGUCAGAAGAAGCCAACAGUGAAGAAUAUUUGAAGGAUGUGAAGUCUGAAUCAUGUGAGAAUUUGACACAAACUGGUUCCCUCUCAGCCGGAGAGUCAGAGGAAAAUGUAGCUGACACAGAAACAAAAGAUUCUGAAGACAAGGACACUGAUACAAAAAUGGUUGGAUCAGAAGAGCCUUCAUUUGUGGACAGUUUUGGGGAAGGAACCAAGGAUGACGGUCCAUCCAAGGAUGACACUAAUGUUGUCCCCAUGGACUGCAGUUCGCCCAUGAGUGAGCAUGGUAACGAUCCCAUUUUGGAACUACCAAAGGAGUGUGCUGACCCAGCUGCUGCCGGAGUCCCUCCCUCUGAAAGCCAUGUCACCAAGGACGAGAGCUGUAAGGACCAGGGGGAGAGGGAAAAGAGCCAAGAGAGGAAGAAUGGCCGACAGCGGCGCUCCCGCUUCCAUUCCCCAACCUCCACCUGGUCACCUAAGAGGGACUUCAAGCGAGAACCGUCCAGGCGCUCACGAUCAAGGUCCAGGGAGCGUGAUGGCAGCCCGCCUGCUAGACACUCUUCCCGGGCUCGCAGCAGAGAAAGAGACAGGGACCGUGACAGUGAGCGAGACCACUCUAGGAGGGACCGUAGCCGCGAGAGGAGGAGGCGGCGAACGAGGAGUCGCUCUAGAUCCAGGUCCCGCUCUCGGUCUAGGUCUAGAUCCAGAACAAGGUCCUACAGAAGGGGGGGCAGCCCUGAAUGGCCAGCAUCCAGAGAGCAGUCUCCUCAGAGGAAGGAGCGCAGGGGUGGGUGGAGGUCUGGGCAGGGCAGCGGGUCUGGCAGUGAGGGACGAAGGUAUCAUGGAGGCACUGGCCGCUUUGAAAAUGGUGUGCCUACAGAGGGUUCCCCUGAUCGCCAGAGCUGGUCAGAAAACCCAGACUGGGUUACAGAAAAGACUCGUGGUGAAGCUGAGGGCAGGAACCGGGACUUUGGUUUCAGUGGCAGCUCACGCUGGGAAGACCACCGCAACAGUGGUGGGAACAGGGGAGAGCCACGAGGCCGGGGGGGCAGGGGAGGGUUUGAACGCGGCCGGGGUGCAGGGCGGGGUGGCAGCAGUGGUGGCAACCGUAGCUUUUGCAGUCAGCAGGAAGAAACAGGCGAGAACCGCUGGCAGCCCAGAAACAACUUCUCAGGUACAGGCAACAAUUCAGGGAAUGACGCUUACAGCCGCUUCAAUGAAAACCGGGGCAGCGGCGGCCGGAGGAAAGAGUCGGAGCCAAGCGACUCUAUGCUCGACCGGUCAGGAUGGUCAUCAGCAUCCAGCUGGGCUGUCAGGAGGACGCUACCUGCUGAUGUUCAGGACUAUUACUCCAAGAGGGAGAGAGGAGGACCAGGAGGCUGGAACCGACAAGAGGAAGAGCAGCAGCCAGUAGCAGCAGAUCCCUCCAAAAGUGAGCCUCCUCCCCAGGCAGUGCCGGGUAACGCUCCGGUGCCUGUGAUGAACGUGAUCCCUCCUCACCCUCCUCAGCUGAAAUGUCCUCACCACCACUACCCUAUGCAGGGUCCGCGAGGAGCCCUGCCCGUCAGCUUGCAGCCUGCAGCCCCGUACGCCAUGCCCCCUCAGGUCCCCGUGCACCUCCACCCUGCCGUGCCACUGCUUCAGGUGCCCGCCGUUGGCGCUCAGGGCCUCCCGCCUCCUCCCCCACCGCCCCCACCCAUGCAGCAAGGCAGCCAGACGGCAGUGGCUCAGCCUGACGGCCCCAUGACUCAGAUGGCGAAUACCAUGCUGGGUUAUGGGAAACCUGCCCUGCUUCCCACCCCUACCAAAGCUGGAGUUGCUGCAGCAGCCCAGGGACAGCCAGCACCCAGCCAGGUGCUACCAUCCUCAACAACUCAGCCUGGUCAUAACAAAGCUCAAGCUGACAGCUCCAAAAAAGAAAAGAAACAACAAAUUCAAGAGAAAGCUAUAAAUGAAGUGAAGACAGCCAUCAAACCUUUUUACCAAAAGAAGGAAAUCACCAAGGAGGAGUACAAGGAGAUUGUCCGCAAAGCUGUAGAGAAGGUGUGUCACAGCAAGAGUGGUGAGGUGAACUCCAGUAAGGUGGCCAACCUGGUGAAGGCCUACGUGGACAAAUACAAGCACGCCCGCAAGAAAUGAAUCUCUGCCCUGCUGCCGGCGUGGCAAUGCCCUCGCUGACCCAUUCAGCUGCUCAAGUGCAAUUUCCUCAAGCUGGAAUUUGGCCUCCAAACUGAAAGAUGACGGAGAGCCAACAUUUUCUUUUUUUGAUAUCUGUACCUUUUAUUGAAUGAUGAAGAUUUUUUUCUAUAGAUUUUCAUAUUUUGUUAGAAAAAGAAUGACCCAAUCAGAAAUUGUAAUGCAAGAGCCCUUUAUUUUGCAUAGAUCAUGUGGCUUGGGAACUACUGUAAGGAGCGCAGGGUAGCGUGGGGGUGGGGGUGGGGUUGUGGUAAUUGUUGAUACUAAAGAUCCAAUGCUCAGUGAAUGACAUCAGCUCAUGCAGUGGCGUGCCUCUCCCAGGGUGCCGGCUGGUACAAUGAGUUUCUCCUCCGUGGCAUCCUGAUGGCAUAGCUUAUUAAUUGAAUAUUGUCAAUGUUCUUUUUUAAAUAUUCUAUGAUAUUUCAGAGGAAAGCCUAGUUUAAAAAAAACAGUGCAUUGCCUUUAUUAAUCUCUGUGGCCCAUUGACGGCCCGGAAACUGAUGAGUGUGAUUGUAAUCAGGGCCCUGAUUGGCUGAGGAGACACUAAGUGGGAUGGCCAAUCAGUAGUGAGUGUGUAAUGUAAGGCGCAGGUCCUGGGGGGCAGAGCAGGUGAAAUUGAACCCACACCCUGCCUGAAUGUGUAAUAAAUGUCAACGCGUGAACAUGAACUGUGCAAAGUAUCCAGAGAGUAGUGAAAUAAAUUAGCUGCUUCCUGA